AUGGCGUGCUUUGUCGCUGCUGCUCUGGGUUGUGUGCUCGAGAUCCUUUCAGGCAUUUAUUCCCGGGGCUCUACUUAUUAUGGAGCUUCGAGCGAUGCCUGGGACUUUGAUUUUAUAAUGUCCGCCAAUGGUUCGUUUGUGGACAUUAUCAAGUCUUGCGGAUAUUCCCGGGAUCUUUCCCUGGGCCGGGAAAUACACGCCAAGGUCAGGCACUCGCCACAGCUCUGCGAGGAUGUUUUCCUCGCGAAUAUGCUCAUACAAAUGUACGGCAGGUGUGGGAGCCUCUGCGAGGCUCGCGCCGUGCUGAACGAUUUCGUACGGCCGAAUCUCUACUCCUGGAAUCUCAUGCUCACGGCUUAUGCCCGGAAUGGGCAUCUUGCCGACGCGCGGGAGCUGUUUGAUGGAAUGCCGCAAAAAGAUGCCGUGUCGUGGAAUGUGCUGAUCGCAGCAUAUUCGCGGAAUGGUGACGUGGACGAGGCAAGUGCGUUGUUUGCGACAAUGCCUUGUCCAAACGAGGCAACGUGUACAGCCAUGAUCGCGGGAUAUGCCAAGGCGGGGCAAAUUGUCAAGGCAAGGACGAUCUUUGAUAGCAUGCCCCGCCGAGAUCUUCCAACGUGGAACGCCAUGUUGGCCGCUUACGUGGGAUGUAACCAGGUAGAAGCUGCUGCUAGAAUGUUCAAGGCCAUGGCUAACCGAGACGUGGUGACGUGGACUACCAUGGUAUCGGCAUAUGCCCGUGUGGGGCAUCUGGAAGAGGCAAAGAGGGUCUUCGAUGAGAUGCCGGGCAAGGACGCCGCGGCGUGUAAUGCUUUGAUCCAGGGCUAUGUUCGAUCUGGAAUGCUGGAGCCGGCGCUGGAAAUCUUCUCGCGCAUGGCGCGGCCGGAUGAGAUCUCGUGGACUUUGAUCACGCAGGGGCUGGCGCAGGCCGGGCGAUUGGAUCAAGCGCGAGAGAUUUAUGCGAGAAUGCCUGUGUGGAAUGUGAUCACCACCACGGCGAUGAUCGUCGCGUUGUCCCAGGGCGGGCGGAUUGACGAGGCGAGGGCGCUGUUCGAUCGGAUGCCGUGCAGGGAUGUGGCGGCCUGGAACGCUAUGAUCAAUGGAUAUUGCAAGAACUCGCUGGGAAGGGAAGCUAUAGCGCUGUUUAGGGUUCUUGAUCUGGAGGGCGUGGGGGCGGACAAGAACACGCUCUCCACCGUGCUGGAUGUGUGCGCGGAUCUCUCCUGGCUGCCGCUGGGGCGAUCCAUCCACGCCGCCAUGGCGGCCGUGGAAUUCGAGAUCGACGUGGUGCUGGGGACCGCGAUCGUGAGCAUGUAUGGGCGGUGUGGCGAUCUCGCGGCGGCGCGCAGUGCUUUCGAGGUGAUCGCGGCCAAGAAUGUGGUGUCGUGGUCGGCGAUCAUCGCGGCAUACGCGCACAACGGGCGAUCGAUCGAGGCGCUGGGGCUCUUCCAGCUCAUGAACCUCGAGGGAGUUCGCCCGGUGGAGAUCACAUUCGUGAGCAUUCUCUCCUCCUGCAGCCACGCGGGGAUGAUCGCCGAUGGGAUGGAUCUCUUCGCCGCCAUGUCGCGAGAUUACGGCCUCGUCGCAGGCGCCGAUCACUACCCCUGCGUGAUCGAUCUUCUGGGGCGAGCUGGGUGGCUGGCGAUCGCGGAGGAGCUCGUCCACAAGAUCCCUAGCGCCGAAUCGUGGGCGACGCUGCUCGGUGCCUGCAAUUUCCACAGCGAUGCUGCUAGAUCGGGGAAAGCCGCGGGGAUUGUCUCCAGGAAUGAUCCACAGCGCGCCUCUCCGUACGUGGUUCUAUCUAGUACGGAGAGGGCAUUGACUGUGAUUUAG